AUGUCUCCCCUCAUCGCAGACAAGCCCCUUCUCGGCCCCCUCCUCGGCCUCAACACCUGGACCUUUGCCAUAGAAGCACUACUAUACAUCCGCAGAACCCCAGCACUUUCCAAGUACAACGUCAGCUUCGACCCAGCUAUUGUUAAAAAGGAAAAGGCCGAAAAGCUGCCUGCUUAUGUACAGUGGCCAGCCGACAACUUUAACAACUUGCUUGAGCAACCUACCCAGUUUUACGCAGUGUUACUCGGCUUGACUUUCUUGGGCGUCAAGGACAAGAUCACUGUGCAUAUGGCAUGGGGUUACGUUGGUCUGAGAUUCAUCCACAGCAUGAUUCAUGUCACUACCAACAACGUGCUCUUGCGCUUCCCAGCUUUUGCCGCCAGCUCAGUUGUCCUUUUGGGAUUGACAGCUAAGGCGGCUUGGGAGCUUCUCUUGUGA